CUAUGCUCUCGACCUGAACUCCUGAUCAAGCCUCAUCGGCCUUUUCACGAGCGCAUUAUCGGUUCGCCGUCGUCUGAGCCCACCUGGGUGCGAAACGGUACAUUUCUCAUCGUGCAAUGUCGACACCGUCGACACUGCCGCCCCAUCAUCCGAACUACGGAUACUCUCACCAUCAGAACUAUCAAUCCAACAGUGGUUAUAGAGCCAACAACACUCUCUUGAACGGCGGCAGCCGGUUGGGAGCGCCAUAUACCCUUCCGACUCCUUCGAGUAACGGCACCUCAGCGAACAGCGUCGCCGCUGCUGACCCCACACGAAUAAGUCAAAACACUGCACAUUCGUCGUCAAGACCGGAAACGAAACCAGCUGCUAUGCCUGCCUCAUCCUCCGUCUCCGUCCCCAAGCAGAAUCCCAAGAAACGGCAACGAUCUCGGGAGCGGGAGCCGGAUUGGCAUAAAUUCUACAAGAAUGGUCUGCCCAAGGAGGUCAUCGUCAUCGAUGAUUCCCCGACCCCUGAGCCAUCAGCAUCAGUCCUCUCAAAUACGCAGAAUGCCCGCUCUGUGAACGGUGGAGCCAGGCAUGCUGCAAAGAGAAGGAAGGGCGAUGACGUCGGAUCAGUCUACGAUCCUGUAUACCAUCUCGGUCCCUCCCAUUCCAACAAUCAGAGCCCUGAGUAUAAGGAUUCCUCUGGUUCUACCAUCUCAACUGAUCGGACAACUUCCGCUAUACACACUACUGCCGCAACAUCACUCGGCUCUCAUUCGUCGAACGGACACAAUGGCUACGAGGCUGUUGAUGUUCAACCUGGUCAGAAGAGAAAGAGAACAGCGACUCGACUUCAAGUGGCUACGGAGGCCAAGAAGAGAGACUUGGAGACAAAUGGGGAUGCAUUCACAAAUUACAGACCACCUCCAAGACCACCUAUCAAGGCGCCAGAUGUCCAGGUGAAGCAGGUUGCUGAUAAUUCCUACACCAAGAAUAGCAAGGUUGACGACGACGAUGGACACUACAUUGUUGUGCCUGAAUCUGAUCUGACUGAAAGAUACCAAGUCACCAAACUCCUUGGACAAGGAACUUUCGGCAAGGUCGUCCAGGCCCGGGAUCGGAAAAGAAAUAAACAGGUUGCUAUCAAAAUUAUCAGGUCUGUCCAGAAGUACCGCGAUGCCUCCAGAAUAGAACUACGAGUCUUGUCUACUCUAAAGGCAAAUGACCACGAAAACCGGAAUCGAUGCAUACAUCUUCGAGACUGUUUCGAUUAUCGGGGUCACAUCUGCAUUGUCAUGGAUUUGCUCGGUCAGAGUGUUUUCGAUUUUCUGAAGGGCAAUGCUUUUGUUCCUUUCCCCAACAGUCAGAUUCAGAGCUUUGCAAGACAACUCUUCACCAGUGUUGCAUUCCUUCAUGAUCUGAACCUCAUUCAUACCGACUUGAAGCCGGAAAAUAUCCUCCUGUGUGAUAGUGCGUAUCAAGCAUUCACGUACAGCCGUCGAAUUCCGUCGUCAUCGAGCACGGUCAACCGACAAGCUGCUCAACGAAAGGUCCUCCUCGACACUGAGAUCCGAUUAAUUGACUUUGGAUCUGCCACCUUCCAAGAUGAGUAUCAUUCUUCGGUCGUUUCCACUCGACACUACAGAGCCCCAGAGAUCAUACUCGGUCUCGGCUGGUCCUUUCCGUGUGACAUCUGGAGCAUUGGUUGCAUUCUUGUUGAGUUCUUCACCGGAGAUGCCUUGUUCCAAACUCAUGACAAUCUCGAACACCUAGCUAUGAUGGAGGCUGUUGUCGGCAAAAGAGUGCCUAUGCCUCUGGUACAACAAGUCAAUGGUUUGGCCAAGAGAAGUGGUGGAAAUCCCGCCGCAAAAUUCUUCAAGCGACUGAAGCUUGAUUACCCGCAGCAGGAGACGACUCGAGCUUCAAGACGCUUUGUGAAGGCUAUGAAGCGUUUAGAGGAGAUUAUUCCUGAUAACAACAACAAGUUCUUGAACAACUUCCUGGACUUGCUCAAGAGGAUCUUUGUGUAUGACCCCGCGGACCGCAUCACAGCCAAACAGGCACUUCAGCAUCAAUGGUUCAAAGAAGCCGCAACGCCGGAUGAUGGCACAGAGGCAACAAAAAUCCGCUUACAGCGGCAACAAGCCAGCGAGGAAGCAGCUGCUCUUACCGCAAUGGCUACUCAAUCGAGACAAAAUGGAUAUCGCCAUUAAGUUUCCAAUCUCGAAUAAUGCAUGUCAUGACGGCGCACACGGAAAUGGGGGAGCGAAGGGCAAUCUUUAUACUUGGAUCACAGAGUGUCGGUUCAAUGCGUUGGGCGGUGAUAAUGUUGACUUAGCUGGAUGUUCAGUCAAAACGUUGGCUUUAA